CUUGGGCAGAGGCGAAGCCGGCGUCCCGGCUCACUUGUUGCAGGAUGGGCUGCAGGCGCGCUUGGCCGAGGAGGCGCAGGAGGCUCCGGGGCGCCUUUCCGGCGCAGGCACCAUGGAGCCGGGCGCUGGCUCUGUCAGGUAGGCGCGGGGCUGCCGGAGUAAAGCGCUGGAGCCGCUGGCCCGAGCGUUUGUUGUUUGGUAUCCAGGCUGCGGCGCGUCUCUUCGGACUCCGCCGUUGCUCCUUCCUGUAUCUCGAGUCCCUUUCCUGCCUUUUCUCCAGCCAGGAUGCGUGGUGGGUGCUUUUCCCAAGGAGACGGGAACGAUAGGCGUCGCCUGUUGGGUUUUCCUCCCGGCAGGGGGGUGUGUGUGCUCCUUUAACCCCCCACCCCAAAGGUCACGUUGCCCACUUUGUUGCCCAGGCUUGCCAAAAACUUAAAAUACAGGCUCCUCCAGCCCUUCCUAGUCUCUCAGGGAACUGAAGAGCGCUAUGGUGGUUGUUUAUCCACCGGAUGGAAGUUGGGAGCAGGAAAGAAAUGCAGCUUUAAAUAUUUUACUUUGUAAAAGUGGCGUGAGUCUGUUUUUUAAAGUUUUUUUCAGGGUCGUUUUUCGUAGGAUUCCUUGUUUAAUUGGUCGUCCCCCCCCCCCAAUAUUUUUAUUUAUUGUGUAUUUUUUAGUCAGUGUGUUUAAAUAUUUAGCCUGCCUUGGGUCCUGCACUGCGAAAAGGUCGGCUGGGCUAAGCGAGAUAUAAAAUCAGUCAAUCAAUCAAUCCAUUAAUAAAAUCCAGCUUUUUCAGACCCAGAAACCACCUUUAACCCACUGGCAGUGCUGCUGUUGUGAUCCACCUUCGAUCAGGCUGUGUGACCUGGCAGUGGGUCACUUCCUACCAGCCAAAGGCAGCUGGUGUAAGUACGGUAAUCUCAUGGGGCUGAGAAACGGGUAGGGUGGAAGAAGCUGCCUCAAACCAAAGGUCUUAUCUAGUCUGGCAUCCUUUCCGCCUUCAAAGCAGCCACCUCGAUGCCUUUAGGGGAGCCCGAAAACAAGAGCAUGAGGUCUGUAGUCUUCUCCCUCUGCUGUUUUCCUCCAACGACUGUUAUUCAGAGGCAGGCUGCCUGGGCUCCUAACAUAUAUUAUUUGGAUUGUAAAUGGUUUUAACUGAUUCUAAUGGUUACUGUUCAUGUAUUUAUAGAAGUAUUUCUGUGCUUUCAUAUCAUAAAAUAGGGUGGUGAGUACAGAACACCAUUAAAAGCAAUGCAAAGAAUAGUUAAAGUGACUGCAGAUGUUUAAUUAGACGAAAGCUUGUCUGCAUAGAAAGGUCUUCAAGAGACUCCUGAAACUUUGCUGGACUAACACAGCAUGGGAUCAGCCAUCAACUGCUAGUUGAGGCUAGUAAGGUGUCUUUGACACAGGGAUGAUACUGUAUUUUUACAUUGUUGUGACCCGCUCAGAGACCUUAUGGUGAAGAGUGGGAAAGCAAUAAUAAUAAUAAGGCUGUCAUGACUAGUAUCUGUAGAUAGCCUUAUUCCCAUAGUGUUUAUCUGUAAGAGUCCUUUGCUGAUCAAGUUUUAGCUGCAAAUAACAACUUCCACUUUUCCUUUCACCGCUUUAAGGAGAAACGCAGUGCCAUCCUCUGUAUGUUUGUUCAGAAGUUUUCCCUACGAGUUCAGGGAGACUUGCUUCUACAAGAGUGUGUAGGAUUGUAGCAUUAGGCUUACUUUGGAAUAGGAGCCUCUAAGUUCCAUUGGGUUAGUUCAUUGGGGCUAGUUUGAGUAGACAUGUGUAGGAUUGUGUUGUUAAGCUUGCAACACAAUGCACAAGGCAUUAUUGGUACUGUCCCCAAAAAGGUUUUUCAAACGACUGCUAGAUAUACAGUUUAUUCUCUCUUCCCAUCAAACACAUACAUACACCAAAAACCUGUUUGUCUUCCACUUACGGUAUGUACACAUCCUUCACUCUCCCAAAAUCUGGAUGUGUACUUAUUACAAAGAAACCACUAGCCCAGGGGUAGGCAGCUUAAGGCCCGGGAAUCAGCGUGUUUUUACAUGAGUAGAAUGUGUCCUUUUAUUUAAAAUGCAUCUCUGGGUUAUUUGUGGGGCAUAGGAAUUCGUUCAUUUUUUCCCCUUCAAAAUAUAGUCCUGCCCACCACAUGGUCUGAGGGAUGGUGGACCAGCCCACGACUGAAAAAAGUUGCUGGUCCCUGCACUAGUCCAUCACUGCUUAUGCUUACUGUUUGGUGAAAAGUGGGUUUGCCAUGCUGUUCUGUUGUUGAAUGAGGAGCAGAUAAAGGGCCAUAUGAUGAAACUUUGCAGUAUCAGUUUUUAUACACACAUACAUUUGUAUUUGGCUAAAUCUGUUGUGUGUGUUUUAAACAGAAUCUUCACAAAAUGAUGUACAUAAAAGCAAAAAUAAAAAUGUAAGAAAGAAAGCCCAUUUUGCACAGAAGUAAUAUAUCAAGAGGUUACCAGGGUAGCUUGUCCUUAUUCAUCCUCUUGGCUAGGUUAUUUGAGAAAUGUGACCUUUUGACUUGUGCUUAACUUUGGUCUCUGGCUUCCCUGCCUGCAGCUCCCUAAUAACUGCUAUGGGAACAGUUCUGCUGCCUCCAAGAAAAUGAGGUGAUGAAGGGCAAGGAGGAUGGAAAGAGAAGGGAGAUUAUAUGGCUAUUAAUCAAUUGUUUUGGCAUUGUGAUGGUAAAACGUGACCUAUCUGUGGGAACAAAUAAAAUCAUUAUUAACGUAGCACAACCUGGGUGUGUGCACUUUAAAAAGCAACAUAAGCAAAAUAUAGGUACCUCCUGCCAAGCCUCUUACAAUCUCUUAAUUUAGAUCAAGAAGUUGGAGAGAGGCAAGAAAAUUUUGUUACUCAUGUAAAGCAGAAUCUUAUACACACUUAACCUUGAAGUGAUUAUUAACGGCAUUUCUGAGUAGAGGUGUUUAGGAUUGUUCCAAUGGUACUAAUGGUACAAUCCCUUCUCCCAUUUACUUGGGAGUAAGCCCCAGUGAAUUCCAUUAAAUGGACUUCUGAGUAAACAUGGGUAGGGUAGCACAGUAAGGGGUUAAACCAGCAGCCUCAAAGAAGUGCGUUUUUGAGUUGGGAUCUGGAGGAAGAGAGUAAGGUAGCAACAUUGCUGUGAUCUUUAGAAGCCGGGUCACAAAUCAGAAGUCCUCAGGUUUCUGUGCAAACUAUUAUCAACAUUGAAUUUGCUUCUCUUUUUAAGCAAAGGCAAGUCUGCCUUUAAAGCUUCUUAUUUUGGAUAUUUGAACGGUUGAAAUGCAACUGAUCUAACUAAAUUGGAAUAUCUAACCUUGCUUAAUAACAUAACUACCAUGCUAACUUGGACCAUGUUUAACAAAGACCAUCAUUCUUUACAAGAACGCCACAGGCAUUUGGUGUUUGCUGUGGGCUGCCAUCUCCCUUGUGUCCAUCCCUGAUACAAAGAACCAGCUUCUGCUCAGGAAUAUGAAAAGCGUGAACCCCUCUACCAUAACAGAACAAAACUGGGGUACUACCCAAAGCUCUCACAGCUUUGUCUUUUUUGUUGUUGUUCUAUUUUGAAGCAUAGAAUUUUGGCAGGUGGCAAGAGUCAGGGAAGGCAUUCAUCCUUAUGAGAUAACUACUGACUCUCUUGCACGUUUUUCUGUGCGCAAGAAAGUAUGUUAAGAGGGUACAGGCCAGGGGGCGUUGCAUGGAUGGGGCAGGCUACACAGUGACAGUAGGCUCUUGGCAUAUUGGCUUUGUCUGUUUGGCGGUGGAUAAAGUUUUAAGUGUUAGAAUCAUAGAAUUUUUGGAAGGGACUUUGAAAGUUGAAGUAAUUUUAAUCUGUUUUAGUAUGUUAACUUUUGUAUGUUUCAAAGUACUUUGCAAUUUUUUCUUGAUUUCGCUGUUUCAUCUUUUGGUAAACUGGGCUUUUUGUUGUUGUUUUACACAAUCAAGUCAUGUAUAAAUUUUAUAAAAUAAGUGAUUUAGUCAUUGAUCCAGAUCAAUACGCAUAGUAGUCCUGGGAUGAGCUUCAUCUAGAGCAGUUUCUCAAACUUGGGUCUCCAGCUGUUUUUGGACUACAACUCCCAUCAUCCCUAGCUAGCAGGACCGGUGGUAAGGGAUGACAGGAAUUGUAGUCCACAAACAGCUGUUUGGGAAACUCUAAUCUAGAGUAGCUCAAGGCACCUCCAGCAGCUAGGCUAACUCUUCUCUCCCCAGCAGCACUCUGCAGGAAGAUUUCUCCACCUCCCUGGGAACGGUGACUGAAGUAUGCUCCCCGCCCAGCCUACUGUAUUUUUCGCUCUAUAACACGCACCCGACCAUAACACGCACGUAGUUUUUAGAGGAGGAAAAUCCGUAGGCAUGCCACCCGUAGGCAUUUCCUCCAUAACACGCACAGACAUUUCCCCUUACUUUCUAGGAGGAAAAAAGUGAGUGUUAUGGUGCAAAAAAUACGGUAAUUGUAGUGUGAGGGGCAUUUUGGGGUGGGGCAUCAUGUACCUGGCCCAUAUGACUUGCUUAAAGCAGUCCUAGCAUCAGUUGGCAAUCUCAUCAUAAAGGAACAGUGCCAUUUGAAAGCACCCGUGUUAAGUAAAAUCAGUAUGGUAUGGCUGGACUAGAUUAUCCAAUGUACCCCAUGUGUAUCAAUGUACCAAUAACAUCUGUUUUUUUCAGGUUCCAAUGCAGUGGAUUGACAGCAUUUGCCACAAGUAAGUAAUCCUUUCCUUUCAGUAUAUAUGCUUUGAUUAAGGAAGGGAUGCCAGAGAUUAGAUGCCGAAGUCCUGAAAACUAGUCCAGAAACUUUAGUUUCUUUCCAUUCUCCUUGCAGUCUGCAAAGUAUAAAACCCUUAUAUUGGUCCAAAUGUAAUUAUAGCAGCUGUCUGAAUACCGAUAAGGUUUUCUGCUUUGUGGGAUCUGGUACCACACAUCAUCCCCAAGUGCAAUUCUUAUCGAAAAUGCUAAGAACUCCAAAUGACUCAGACUGGCAUGAAUUAGCGUUGCUUCCUUCUCGAUGGACAUAUAUUAGUACCUACGCAUCAGCAAAUCAACCUGGUGCCAAGAGGAGAGAUGCCUCAACUCAUUCCAAGCUCCCCACAACCCAAUGUAAGGCAGUUUGGAGUGAUCUACCCAUUUCAGAUAUACUUUUUAUUAUGUCCAUACAUUGGGAAUAUAUUUUUCUAUUGACGUUAGGGAGACACCCCAGGAAUUCCAAAUGGCCUUGGUUUGAGGUAGCAUUGGGCUUGGAAUUGUGCACAUAGGCAGGCACAGUCAAGCUUCAUACUUUGAGAAGCUUCAUCCUUUGGGAACGCUACUCCCAGCUAUUGUGUUUACCAUCCCAGUGAAAUUUACUUGGUUCUCUCUCUUUCAUUCUUAUUUUCUUUCUUUUUUGCCAGGGUUAGAAUUUGAAAAGGGACCAGCUUUUUGAGGCUCCAUGAACAGCUCAAACAGCCGCCUAGAGAGGCGGAAGGAACAAUGUCAUGGCAGCUGCAGUAUAAAUUACCAAUUAGAAAAGCUGUCAUGGGUGUGUUUCAUGUGAGGACAAAGCAUGAGCUGUUUACGACCAGAAGGCCAGAGGGAUGUGCGUAUGCACGCCUGCUGCUCCCAUAAAGAUAGCCUUUAUCUUUCUACUCUAAAGUGGAGAAAGCCGCAAACUUUUAUUAAGAGUUUAAACUUUUUAUUUUCAAAUAGAAAGGAUGAAACUAAUAACACAAGCCAAAGGGUGUUUGCUCAAAGGGGCUUUGUAAAAAUACAAAAAAAAAAAAAAUCAGUUUAUAGUUAUUUGGGGGUCUGUUGAAUUGCACCUCCUAAAAAGUAUUGCAUUACCUGUUUGGUGUGCUCAAUAUUGUAAUCCAUCUUAAUUGUUCAAGGGAGCGAUCCUGGCUCCCGUCCAGGAGAGGUGACGCCACAGCUGCAUUCAGAGCCCUGCUGUGAAAGCCAGCCAGGCUACAAGGUAGGGGUGGGUGGUUUCUUCCCCAUUUUGCAGAAAGAUCCAGUUCAAGCCCAUCACUGGUAGAUGAACUUGCUGAACUUGGGUCACAGUGGGUCUUUAGUCAGCUCAGCUCUGUCCCUCCCUGCCACAAAAAUAUCCCUAUUCUGUUGCCAGUGGGGAUCUCAUUGAUGGCAGUUUCCACCCACCUUCAAUUUUGGUAGGUGUAGUUAGAAUACAUAUUGGUGGAUCUCAGAAAAUGGACACAAUUGCUGCUUCCUAACCUGUUCCAAGAUGGUGGAUUGAGCUUUAGGAUUGCUCUGUGAGGCUGCAGUCAUGUGCAUAUUCAUCUGGGAGUAAGCCCUGUUGAACAUAGUGAGCUCUGUUGAACAUGGUGGGAAUUACAUCUGAGUAAAUAUGCAUAGCGUCAUGUUGUAAAGCAAGCGGGGAUGAACGGAUCAGUUUAUUUCUGGUGCAUAUCAAUUUUGUGUUCUAAUUCAUAAGUCAGUUCUGUCCCAUUUUUGCAUUCUGCAGCUUUUUGCCAUCUGCAAAUUUCAUAUUUAAAUAUGUGUUUUAUAUUGGUUAUCCGAAAGUGUUUGUUUAUCCAAGUGUUUAUAUACGGCUCUCUUGCAGAACAUCAGGGCAGCAUAUAGCAAUACAAAGACCUUUAAAAGCAACACAGAACAAUCAUUAAAAUUUGCUUAGGUCGCUAGUAAUUUUAAACCACUGCAUAGGACUAUUAGCAACUCCCCGCCCCCUCCCCUGCACAGAGAACAUUGGACUGUAUGGAACUUAAUUAUUCUCAUGGUAGACCUAUUGAGAUUAAUAGACCCAAGUUAGUCAUGUCAAUUAUUUUGAAUGGGUGUCCUCUGAGUAGGACUAACAUUAGAUGAAAUGACAUUUGAAGAAAUACGAAAUCUAAAUGAAAACUUCAUUCCAAUCACACAGUAUUCUGGAAGGUGAGGAUCAGGUAUGUUCACAUUCCUUAAAGCAAGUAACUGGGAAAUUAAAUGAGCGAAGCAAACGUAGUGAUACGGAAUUGGUGAAAGUUAUAAUAGGUACUGUUUCUUCUCCAGCUCCUCUCCUCUCAAUGGAAGUAGUCAGUGACUACGUUGAUUGGGAUAUUGAUCAUCUGGGCUUUGUCCAGAAAAAUUACUUUGGACUUGCAGAUACUUUAAGCUUAAAGAGCAAUAUGCAUUUUUUAAUAAAUGCAUCAAGAUAGAGAAUAGUGAGCUAUGUCAUGACUCAAGCUCAUUAACCCUACAUUUCCUGUCCUGACAGGCACAGGUACUUCCCAGUCCCAAUGCUGCCAUCUUUUUAACAAGAGAUGCCUGGAAUUGAAUCUCUUGUUUGCAAAACCAUGCGAUUUAAACUUUGGGCUAUGGCCCCUCUUACCUCAAAAACAGCUUUUAAAAUAUGCACUCCCCCUUUCCCCGCAGCUCAGUGUGGGUGUCACAAAAUCUUCACACAAAGAAGAAAGCAAAAAAAAAAAAAAAAGGAGGGCGAGGGGUUUUCGGUGGAAAGAGAAGAAUACAGCUGCGUACGCCAAAGGAUGGGGUAUUGUUGGCGAAACCCAUCUGAGUAAUAGCUAGGGAAACAGGGCAAGUUGCUUUGCUGCAUUCACAUUUAGGAAAAUUAGGGUUUUCAGUAAGAUAGAAUAUUAGCAUAUUCCCCCACAGGAAGAUUGUACAGGAAAACAGGAAGCAGGUGGUAAUUACUGAUAAUGGGAUAAUUGUUGUAUUGUGUGAUCUCUACCCCUCUCCUGCCAUUUUGCUUUAGGAGCUCCCCAGAAAGAUAGUUUUAAGCAUGUUGUAUCUAAGCAACACUGCAAGCGGGGCCAUCUUUUGUUUGACUUUCACAAUGACUUGGGAAUGGGAUUUGCUAGCAUUGCACGUUUGCUUUACGUGCAUCUAGGACAUCUGCAGAAUGGGAAACAAUGAUUCUAUCACUUUUAUUCUUGCCUUCUUUAAACAAAACAUAGUUUGCAAUAUAGCUGUUCUAGUUUGCACGUGACACUUCUAAUUUGCAUAGAAUUUGCAUGACACUGCUGUACCUAUUUUACAGAUGGGGACCAGAAUCAUUUCAGAAAGCAGCCACAGAUUUCCAGCCUAAUCACACGAAUCUUUCCCCUGGGAUUGGAGCUCCCCAGGGCUGCUCAUUCUGUGGUUAGACGUCACUCAACUGGCCCUAACCGUCCCACUGAAUCAUUUAAAUGUUAACAUCGCCACAUGGAAGCUACUCCUGCAUGGCUAGGGCUGUAGCUGGCAGAAAUGGAAGGUUAAGACUGGGGAGACCCUGGUUCAAAUCUCCACUCAGCUAUGAAGCUCGCUGGGUGACCUUGAACCUGUUACAUUCUUUCUCUCCCUACUUCACAGGGUAGUUGUGAAAAUAAAGUGUGUGUGUGUGUGUGUGUGUGUGUGUGUAAGAAUUUGUAAGACACCCUGGGGUCCUUGGAGGAGAGGUGGGAUAAAACAAUAAAACUUGCUUAAAUGCUUUAAAGCAGCCACGUCCAACCUGGGGCCUUCCAGAUAUUUUGGACUACAACUCAUACCCAGCUAAGGCUGAUGGGAGUUGUAGUCCAAAACUGUUGGAGGGCACCAGGUUGGGGGGGGGGAGGCUGCUCUAAAGGAUUGAACCAAAGGUGUUUUAGACUUUCAGGAUUGAUCUCAAAUCCAUGACAUCGGUAGCUAGGCAACAAACAAACAGCUUACAUUUCUAGGAAACUCCCUCUGACACAGGCAUAUACACUCACACUGUGCUUUGAGAUUGCUGUGAGGAAAUGAGGCCUCUGGAAUAAUUGGUGCAGAGCCAGAUGGCAGCAUGUGCAAUAGCCAUGCAUAAAGGCAGCAUUUAGAAACAGUUUCCCUGAAGUCUUGUCUCUCUUGAAAUUGCUUCUUGGGAGAUAGACAUCUGUUAUCUAUGGCAUCCACAUUGGAUUCUCUUCAGUUGUCCUAUGUCUUUUUUGCCUUUUUUUUUAAAAAAAGGUUUAUCAGCACAGGACAGAAGGGUGUUGUCUCAGGAAGAAUGCUUGCUUUGUAAAACACACACACACAAACAAACAAACACACACACGGCACAGAGAUUUGAAGAAAAGAACAGCACUGAGCCUUUGAAAACAUUAGCAUCACCUUGCAUUUGCACAGAGAUGUUGGUUUACACGGGUUGUGUAAUAUCUUGCCGUGACAGAAAAUCUGGUCUGGAUUUGGGGGAUUUGCAAACGUGAGAUAGUCGUCCUAAGUACAGAGCUCCGGCUUGGGAGCUAGGAGAUGCGAGAUUUCCCCCACCCUUGUCUUAUCAUCACAUUUCUAACAUCCAAUGUGCAGGUAAUAAAAAGAAGAUUAAUCUCUUGUGUUAGUGCCAUUCUGAGGUUUGCAGAGCAUAUAGAGGAGCUUAAGUGGGAAUUGGUUGGGAAGUGCAGAGUUUAAUUGUUGUACUUUUGUGUUUGCUGCUGUGUGUGGUAUCCCUUAAUCUGUAGGCACUGAGGCAGCGCUUGUGUUAUUCCUUGUAUUUUCAAGGUCACUAUACAAUGGAUGGAAGGGCAGACUCAUUGGUGAUGACUGUGCACUUGCUGGCCAAAUGUGGACAUGCGUUGUCCUUGCAGCAAGCCCUCAAUCAGCUUCAAGAAUGGAUCUGCCUGGACGUGUGCCUCUUCCUUGUCUCGGAACGCACUUCUCCCAUUAAGUAUUAUGAGACGUACCGCCAGAGGAGCUCCAGGUUCCCUGGGACAUCUGUCCUACUUUUCCUGCAUGAGGACUUGGGGGACGAGCGGAUUUUCCAAGUCCACGACUUUUUCCAGCGCCCGCCAUGGCAGCGGGUCCACCUGGAGAUUGCCGGCAGGAAGCUGUCCUCCCAUGCCCUUGACGACCAGGACUUCUACGGGCUGGACGAGCACAUGCCCGUGUGGGGACUGAGGCAAGUUCAUUACGGCACGGAAAUCCUGCGCGUUACGCUCUACUGUAGCUUUGAUAACUACGCCGAUGCGGUGAGGCUUUACGAGACGAUCCUGCAGAAGGAAGCGACCGUGCAGAAAAGCAGCUUCUGUGCCUUCGUACUGUACGUGACGGAGAGCAUUGCGGUCCAGCUCUGCUUGAAGCAGCUGCCUCUGGGAAUAUGCGUUGACUCGAAGGAGUCUUCGGUGUUGCAGUUCAAGGUGCAUGAAAUCGGACAGCUGGUGCCGCUUCUGCCUAAUCCCUGCAUUCCUAUUAGCAGCACUAGGUGGCAAACCGAAGACUACGAAGGGAACAAGAUCCUGUUUCAGGUAUUGCUUGGUUUAUAAAUGGUGGGCGCAAUCUGCAAGGGGGAAUGGCCGUAGCUCAGGGGGCAGAGCAUUCGCUUUGCAUGCAGAAGGUCCCCGGUUCAAUUCCCAGCAUCUCCAUGUAGGGCUGGAAAAUAAUUCUGUCUGAAACCCUAGACACCCACUGCCAGUUGAUAUAGACCAUACUGAGCUAAAUGGACCAAAGAUCUUGACUCAGAAUAAGGCAGAUCCCUAUGUACACCCAAUGAACCUCUCUACUGCAUUGGAUAUUGCAUUAACACAGCAGCAGACACUGUGUUAGACUGCUUGGUGUUGAUGGUUUCUUGAAUUAUGAUCAUAAUGCUCUCUGAAUUUAUUCAUAACCCUUUUCCCCUUUUACGUUUAUUUCUUUUAAAAACGGGGAUCCCCAUGUUCCUGUACCCCAGUUAAAGCUGAAUAUUUAUGUUGGGAUUUCUCUCCUGCCUUCAUCCUGAGUCACAACGUCAAAACAACGGUUUUUACUCCAACAAAACUGGGAAGCGUAUCGCGGAAGUCUAAUAGAAAUUAAAAUUCCUCAUACUUGCUUUGCCCUUAGCCAUUAAAAGACAAAUAACAUGCUAAAAUGCUUCUGGGAAGUGUCUGGACUUCCGCGUGCUUGUCGGCAAGUCAGUUACUAUUUUGCAAAAAUACGUCUCCCAGGGAGGGGGUGUAUUACAAAACAUACUUUAAGAAAAUGCCGCAAAUCAUUGUUAUAUGUGAAAAAUGUUUGUGAACUUAAGUGCAUGGACCAACUCCAAUGCAUUAGGGAGUUUUGUAGUUUGGGGGCAGUAGCAGGAACACACACACACACACACACACACACUUUUUUCUUGUUUUUCUUGGUCUUUGUACAUGGUUGGUAUAUCUUACUGUUGUAGUGUGUUUCAUCUCAUACCAAUCUAUAUUCAUAAAAAGACUUUUAAGGUCAGGUGCUGGGAGUUUGUGGCCGUCUGUAUGUUGGACUACAACUCCCAUAAUCCCUGACUAUUGGCCAUGCUUGAUUGGGGGAGACUGAUGGCAUUUGGGAGUCCAGCAUCAUCUGGAGGACCACCCUGUUCCAACUGCUUUCAUAACACAAAACGCUUUGGUUUACAACUACAUCCAGUGUUAAGGGCCACAAGUAUCGCUCAUGGGCUGCCACCUCGUGGCUAUGGUUUGUUGUGUUCUGUAGCUCAACAAAAGCAUCUCACUGUGAGUGGGGCAUAUCUGGCACAGGCUGCUUCCAUGAAAAUGCCUCAACUUGUCUUACAUGACAAGGAGACAUCUCAACUGGAAGUGAAGGUGCAUGAGGGCAGCACUCUUAGGAAGCCACAACCUCUGCACAACUGCUGGGUACAAUGCUGCAUAUGGAGACUUUAGAGCAGGUCCCAAUGGAGAGGAUACUCAGGAGUGGGAAAGCAGAAACCGGUUCAAAGGAAAGACUUUACGAAGGAGGAGGAAAGAGUUAUAGACUGCAGAAGAAGGAAAUAAAGGAAAGAGGUUGUCUUCAACCUCAACAAGGGCUGAGGAACUAGAGGAAGGAAGAGGGAAGAGUCUGGGGCUGUUAAUUCUAUUGGUGAGCCAAGAUAAGAGAAAGGAAGGAAGAAGGAACAUAGGGAAAGUGUAUAUUCACAUAGAAAGCAAUCUGGUGAUGAAAUGGGGGUAAGCAGAUUCUGAGCAAGGGCCUCAGCACAAAGUCUAAGGAUCUUUGGGACCCGUUAGGCAGGGACCUAACCCGUUAGGGACCUUGAGAAUCAGAUUCUGAAGUAUGAAAUACUUCAGCUUUACAAAAAUAGCUGCCAUUUGAAAUCCAGAGAUGACCAAGUUGGUGAAUCAACUAGGUGAGAGGCUCAAGAGAAUUUUUUGUGAUUCUAGUUAAGGUGCCAAGUUUAUCGAGCAUGAAUCUGCCAUGUAGGUAUGCCAAUAAUAACACUGAAUAUGAACCUGGGUCCAUCACUCAGCUCUGGCGUGGAAUUGUUCAAAUCUGUGUGUUGCCUUCCAUUUUCUCCUCUGUCCAUUCAGAGAAUAAUAUUGUUUGCGGGGGAGUUAAGUCAAAAUAUAUUCCUGGUGGAUUAAUAAAGAUUGCCAUAAGGGCAAGAACUGCUUUCACCAAAAGGAUUUAAAGCUUUAGAAAGCAUGGCCCUCAUUGAAUACUGUUUUCAAGUGGUGUCCUAAUGAUAGUUCAUGUUUGUACGUUCUCACAUGUAUUUAUUCAGAUUAAUAGACCUUAAAGUUCAUUGAAAAACCAAAUAUAAAGCUGUUUCAUAACAUCACAUUUUGUAACAGCAGCAUUGUAUUGAAUCUAAAAACUAUCUAUGCCAGUUUCAUAAGAAAAAUACAAACAUACAUAAUACAUCACUUUACGCCAUCUUCUUCCAUGAGUUUUUGUCCUUAAGGAAAAGGGAUAUGAUUUAAAAGUUCUUGGUAGAAGCCUCUUUAACUAUUGAUUUGUGGAUGAUGGUUCCACAGGGGCAGGUGGAGACUUGAUCACCUGAUGGAUGAUGCUUAACCUCAUUUUUUUGUUUUAUAGGUUCAAGGCAACUCAAAGCACACUGGGAAUCAAGACUCCUCUUCCAGCUGGCACAGCCAUGAACACGAGGAAGGGCCCCUUCACUACCCCUCCAGUCCAUCUCCACUGGCCAUAAGAAAAAUUGCAGUACAGCACAAAAACCGGACAGUUCGAGCCAUGAAGAACAAAAGCAAAUCCUCACGAGAAGUUGCAUAUGCUCCGGGAAGUGUUUGCAGUCACUCGCCAAGCAACUUUUGCUCUUCAUCCCAGUCAUAUAGCCCAACAGGUUCUUCUCUGCAGGGCUUAGGCCCUUCUCAAACGAACUUGGCCACUAAAUUGAGACAUUCCAGUCAUGAACUCUGGCCUUGUCAAAGGGAGGAGGAGACUAAUGUUGACACAGGCAACAAAGUGAUCCUUUCCGAAUGCAGUGAUUCGCCACUAAAUAGAUUUUCACAAGACAUACAGAAAGCGCUUCUUCAGUCUCAGGCAUCCUGCUGUUUGUUAACGGGAUCAGGCUCCACGAUCAGCUUGCACUCUGAGGGCAGAAACAAUCUGUUGUCAUCACAUAUUGCCAAGAGGAAUAAAGGAUCAGGACAGGUACCAUCAGGUUUUCCCUUGGGAGCAUCCAAAACAAGCCGUGGAAAUGGAAAGGAUGAGGAAGAAGAAUUCUUUAUAUGACUUUUAAAGUAUAAAUCUUGUUCUAGAUUUUAUUUUAAGUGCCUUAUUUCUGAAAUAACACUAAAGAACUAUCUGUAUGCUGCACAACGACUCUGUCCUUGUGUAGAUACCCCAGCUGCCUAUACUACCUUUUAUGUUAGUGUUAAAAAAGAAAGGCUAAGCGUAGUUUGCAAGAGAGCAAAUAAGGUUAUGGACUAGUGACUAAUGCUAGGAGUUUAAAAAGAAGAAGAGGACUGUGAGAGAAGUUUCACACACUGGAGGAUUACUGUGCAAUAGAUUGAAACAAGCCAUUCAUUUCAGUGCUCCACAAGCUCACUAGAAUUCAUUAGCAACCAGGGAGAGAUGAACCUGUUCUGCUUCUAUGAGCUUUCAGCAUCCCUGUGCUGCCACCAGUUGGUGGCACAAUAUUUCCACAUUCUAGAGAGAUGCACUUAGCUAUGCAGAAGAACUUCGCACUCAUGUGACCAGAGAUCUGAAUUCAUACAACAUCAUCUCAUUUAAGAGUCUCUGGGGAGCUGAACGGCUCUAUUCCCAUAGUUUGCAUUUGGCUCCUCUCUGUGAGGGAGCAGCACACUUUGUGAUUAUGACUUUGCGCUAGGAGCCUUCCAGUCAUCAUGAUGCUGCAGUUUGCUAACGUAUGAAUUUUACAUGUUUGGUAGGUUGCGAAGUAUAUAAACUUCAUCUCACACAAUGUGAACUGAACGCUUUGGCUUUAGAGCUAGGAUUGCUGGGUAACAGAUUUAAGUGGCCUAGCUUGUGAAAUCCCCUUUCCCUUGUGUGUGCUUAGUCCCUGUUAAAAUCUGAGUGCAUGGGGCUUCUUUCUAGGAGAUCUCUUUGUUUUUAUUAUACUUGGUAGUGUCCUAUAGCUGAUUCUUGCAUCGCAUGGUGACUAGAGAUAGAAUAGACUCACCAGUCUGAGUUUGGGCUGUUCCUCUUGAUGGGGCUGCCCCUGUUUCCUCUCUCCCCUCCCCAUUGCCCUGUACUUACACAAGCUGUUCAAAACUGCUCUGCUGCUUAUCUCUUGGAGUAUAUAUCCCAUGUCAUCUUUUUGGUUCCCCCGUGAACACUAGGAAGCACAAUGUCACUCUAUGAUAUUACUUCAGCUACUGAAUGAAUCCUGGCUGAGCCAAAGGUUUGCUUCUACUUUUUCUGGCUUCACUAAUUAUACUUUAUAGCCAGAUCUGGAGCGCAGGGAAAUGGAUACCAGUCUCCUUGAAUGUGCUUUGGCCCUAUCACAUUUCCAGCAUGUGUGCCAGAGGAGGAGUUGAAUGGGAUAUGCUCUGUGGAAGUUAAGCCUUGCCUCAGGAACAUUAAGGUAUGCCAGUAUAUGAGUGUGUAGAAAAUCAUGACAUGUAUGGGUAGGUUAAGUUGGAUCUGCCUCGCUGGGGUAGGGAUUUGCACACCCAACCCUUUGGGUAGGUACCAGCGUUGGCUGUUUAUAAACAUCUGGUGGCUUUGGAGACCUCCACAGCAUGACUGGAGAAGGAGGUCUGUCUGAAAUGUUAACAAGCUGCUGCCAGCUGGGUAGGUGAUACUGAGCCUGGAUUGAGCCACGAUUCGGCCUUAGUGCCAGGCAGCUUGCUUACAGCAGCGACCUGAGCAAAUGUGUUUUUCUCUGUCUAAUUAUGCAAUAAUUCUUGGCAUUGAUUUCAUAGCGUUCCCCAGCUGUGCCACAUUAAAAAAUAAUAAUGCAUUGUUUCAUGUAUUGCUGUCUCCUCCUAUGAAAUGUACGGUUCAGCCUGCAGCAUUCUUAUGGGUGAGGAAAGGGCCUAUUCCCGAAAUAAAAGCAUCAUUUAUACUUACAAAAUAGGACCUAUAUUUUCAAACAUGUCAUCUUCUGCUCUCUUCACUUCUAUGCUCUUCCCCACAACCUCCAGUUAGAACAUUGUUCAAACCAGAGUCUCUUAACAAGAUGUAAGUUAAACCAACGAGUGCCCCCGCUUGGCAAUCUUCAAGGCCUUACUCUGUAUGCAUGAGGGAAACUGCAGAGUUCUGAGGUGAAAGUUACCUUAGGAAGGGGGAGAGCUGAAGAGAUUAUGAAGGCAGUGACGAGAGUUUUAAACGUGAGAGGGGCCCUUUGCUCUACUUGUGAAGGUGCCCAUGGAAUCUGCCAACCCAAGGGUUGCCAGUUUCAGGGAAGCUUGCACACAGUCAAAUAUGUGUAUGAAGUGGCCCUGAAGGCCACACUCCUUCCCAGCUAUUCCUGAGUUUGUCCACACUUCAGCGAAGGGGAAAUCUGCAAAGUAGCUUCAGGCACAGUACUUGAGGAGAAACACAGAAUGAUCCAUGCAUGCAGGCUCAUCCCUGGAUACUGGCAAUGUAAUGGUAACACCAAGUAAUGCACUGGAUAUAUGAAAGAUGCAAUAUAGAUCAUGCACCAUCAACACAGAUUUCAUAUCACUUCUCAUGAGUUGAGCCCGUAAUUUUUUUUUUAAAUUGAGGCCAUUCAGCUCAGAGUCACCAACUCAGUUCAAUUCUGUCUUCCUUUAUAAGGUAGUGUAGGGCAUUAAGCAAUAAUGCACUCCCAUUUCUCAAUGUGUUCUCUAUGAACAAUGCACUUGUGAUUUCCUGCUCCAAUUCACAUUUGGGACAUAAGGUCCCCAAGUAGCAGGCAGUAUUGUGCUAAUAUUGUCAUAAGGAACACCUGUUGCAUACCAAGUCAGGCCAUUGGUCCAUAUAGCUCAGUGUUAGUCACACUAUGGGGAAAUAACCCAUGGACCUCCAUGUGUUGCCAGAUUACCACUCCCAUCACCUCUGACCAGUGGCUCUGCUGCCUGAGGUUGGUAUCCAACAACAUCUGGAAAACCACAGAUUUCCUAUCCUUUGGACCAGCAGUAGUUCCCCAGGGUUUGAGACAGGAUUCUUUACCAGCCCUACCUGGAGAUGUCGGGUUGAACUAAGGACCUUUUGCAAAACUGAGCAAUGCCCCUUCCCUGAGAGAAGGAUAGCUGAUAGGCAUGGGUUUUUUUAAAACCACGAACUAAGAAGAUGCCUGCUGGAUCAGCCAAAGGUCCAUCUAGUCCAGUAUCCUGUUCUCACAAGGGCCGAUGAGAAGCCUGCACAUUGACCAGCAGUCUUCCUACUUGUGCUCCCAGCAAGACUCUCUGCAAAUUGGCAUUAAAUGUUGUUCGCAGAAUUCUGACAUCCAGCUAAAUAGUUAUGUUAGUAAUUAAAGUGUAUGUUGU